CACUGAGACUGGUUUUAUUUUUACUUUAGUCUCAGUUCCUUCUGAGCACCAUAGGUCAAAGUUCAGCUGUGCAGAUGAGUCACAGCUUGAUUUAUCCUGUUAAACCGCAGCAAGCAUCGUCUGAACCACGUCUGCCUCCCUGAUCCUGGUUCUGCUGGAGGUCUUCUUCCUCCCCUCUGUCACAGAAAGCUGCUCAGAGGGCUCGUCUGAGUUCCUCUCUAACACUGUGAAGCAUGUCAAGGUAAAUCUAAUAAAGACUACUCAGUGGUGUCUGCCUGUGACCUCUGACCUGCCUGUGCACCUGCAGAUGGACAUUAAAGCUUAAAGAGCUUUCAGAGCUCCCCCUAGAGGAGCAGAGAGGAGCUGCAUGCAAAACACUGCUUUCUGCUAGCUAACUCCACCCGCCUGCUGCUCCGCAGCCAUGAAACAAGCACCUCUGUCACACACCAUUUACGACACACUGGUCUUUCAUUUCACUUCCUCUUCAGCAUGUUUGCUGAAGUCGACUUCCUCCUGCCUGCACUCGUCUGUCAGCACGCAAACGUGCAGCACGUUCUUCUGUUAGCGACGCUCGGCAGGCCCGCUCAGGCCUUUUUAACCCCUCACUCACCUGCAGGAGCCACACUGGCAGCUUUGAUCUUUACAGGAAUAAAAAAAUCCAAAAGAGAUGAAGCAGAGCCAGAAAACACAGCUGCCCAUCACUGAGUGAACAUCAGGAGGAUAAGCGAGCUUCUCUGGCCUCAGAUCAGCAGUUUGGACCCGAUGGCAGAAGCUCAGCAGGGAGCCCAAGACCUGACUGAGGUGGACACAAUGACUCCAGAGGGCUUGCCUGGCUCUUCCAGUUUAACCACUAAGGAGCUGCAGCAGAACUGGAGGGCGGUGAAGCAGCGAGAGCGACCCGUCCGGCUGCUCUUUGAGAUCCCCUCCACCCGCAUCGUCGAGCACGUGCUACACAAAUACGUGCUCUACCAGGUGGUGGUGAUGCGUUCUGGCAGCUUCGAUUCCCGCCGUGUUUCGGUGGAGCGCCGCUACAGCGACUUCUCCCGCUUCCACCACAAACUGCUGGAGGAGUUUGACGAGGAGCUGGAGGAGGUGCAGCUGCCUCGCAAGAUGCUCUCGGGGAACUUCUCCCCCGAGAGCAUCGGGGAGCGGCGCCUGGCGCUGCAGGACUACCUGGCGAAGCUGUACGCCACGCGCUGCGUCAGACACUCGCCUUGCUUCUCGGCUUUCUUCACAGAGCAGGAGCAGCAGCGGGCGCACGGCCUGCUCCGGGCGGGGCAGUUCCGGCCAGCCGCAGAGCUGCUGCAGACCGUGCUGGACAUCCAGGAGAAGCUGCUGCCCUGGCAGAAGCCCACCCUCCUCGUGCCCGCCCUUGCCGCCCUCGCUGUCUGCUACCGGGACCUGGACGAACCGGAGCGGGCGUUCUCCGCCGCUCAGAGAGUGCUGCCUCCGGUGAGGCGCUACGGACUGACGCGCUACAGAGCGCCGCUGCUGGAGCUGCUGGUGGACCUCGGGUACCAAUUGGGCCGGCCCGUGGCUCAGCUGCAGGAUGAGUUGACCGCUCUGAGAGAUGCCGAGCGUGGGGAAGCGUCCUCCCACUCUCUGAAAGAGGUAGUGAUCCAGGAGUUCCUCUGAGGGUGGAGCGGCCAUCCACACCUGGAUUAGCAGGUAAACCCCUGCACAGCCCCUGCCAGCUGUGGAAGUGUAACAGCUCACAGUGGGUCAGAGUACCCAGAGUACUGCAGUACUGUCCUGCAAUAAAGUAUUUAAAAGUAA